CGAGGGUUUUGGUUUCAUAUUCUGCAGGAAACCUAACUGCUUCAAUGGCGCAUGGGAGGCUGGGGCGUUCACCCGCUGGCGCAGUAAUCGUUCGCGCAGGAUGAGACGAGUCUUCAGCGUCGCCAUUCGGUUGGCGGCUUUGUCAAAAUCGACGUCGGCCUUGUGGCCGUAGCAUUCUGCGAGGACUUGGGCUAACUCGGCAUGGUACGCGGCCGGCGAGGUUUGCGACGAUCCCCUCGACGACGAAGACGACGAUGUGGUAGAGGGCGACGUCGAUGGCGUUGUGGACCAGUGGUGUCGCCGAUGAGGUUGGCGGUGGUGCAGCUGCUGGCUGAUCAGGACUCGAAAGUGUGUGAGGCACACUCCACUCUGCUUGGCGUAGCGAGUGCAAUCCAUGAUCGAGCACGAAGCCGCGAACGAAGUCGGCAUGGCACGUCCCAAGCGACGAUUUCAAAAUGCCAAGGCGCAUCGUCAUCUCCCCGCGUAUCCGAGGGAAGCUACUUAUAGACCCGUUGUAUAGAUAUAUAUAUAUAUAGCCGCGUUGGGACUGGUCAGAUAUGGCGGAAGUAUGAAAGUAGUUCGAC